GAAAAGCCAAUGACAUGGUGCAUUGCGAGUACGAUAUUGAUUAUCAUAUUGCGUAAUUUCGGUAGGUAAACCUAGUCAUGUGAAUAGACUCGAUAUCCAACAGUAUUGUAUGAAUAGCCACGCCAAACAGACGUCCAAUGAUGGAAGCAGUCCUCAGUGUUAACCUGGUUGUGGUUCUGGUGUCCGUGACGAGUGUGUUAAGCCAGGUGGUACCCUGUGAUAUCAACACGUCAGGACAAACUUGUUUACUGGCCGAAGGGUUUGACGAUUUCCAGCUGGCGACCUGCGCUUCCAAUUCCGUGUUGGAACCUACCGGAUUCCAAUGUGAAAACAAAUGUACAGCUGCAUGCUGGCAUCUGUGUAUGAUGGAGAAAUUUGGACAAAGAAAUGGAAAUGUUGCUCAAAAUUGUUCUUGCAAACCUUACUUCCCGGCGCUACCUUCUUGGUGUUACAAGGCAACGGGGCAUUGUGCGUUUAAUGUCAACUGCACUAUCCAAAAGUAUAGUGCCUGCGCCCCAAACCAAUUGCAAACUCCCAACUUUUACAAUAACUUGUGCAAGAUAUUGAAUGACUUUUUCCGAUAUCUGGACUGUGAAACCAAAACUUGGCUGGAUGGUUUCAGAAAAUGUGUACAACAAUACCUGAUUGAUAAUGUCCUCAACACUAUGGUGUCUUGCGCGGAUCUGAAAACAAAAGGAGAGGAAGGAUUUUAUAUCUGUAUACGCAGUAAUUAUGGCGGGAGAACUUUUUAUGCCAAUGACAUGGCGAAAUCAAAGCUAACAACAUGCACACCCGAGGAACUUCAAGAUAUCAUCACAGCGCCAUCUGGUGGACUCGAAAUGUUGCCUAGCAACGCUUAUGAUGAAGUAUACCCUGGACUUUACAUAGGAGAGGAAUCUAUCGGGAAAAGCCGAGUCGGUCUACGGAAUCUGGGAGUAACUCACGUGGUGAAUACCGCCAUGGGAAAGGGACAGUUCUUCGUCAACACUAACCACGUGAUGUUUCAAAAAGUCGGUAUUCAGUUCUAUGGAUUUGAAGCCAUGGAUAUGAUGACCUUUCAGCUUACACCUUUCUUUGAAAAGUCGGCCGAUUUUAUCGAUCAAGCAUUGAAGGAAGGUGGUAAAGUAAUGGUCCAUUGUAAAGUCGGGGCCAGUCGAUCAGCAACCAUCGUGUUAGCCUUCCUGAUGAUUAAACGUCACAUGACUAUACAAGAAGCUGUGCGCAUGGUCAGAGCUAGACGAGAAAUAGUGCCAAAUGACGGAUUCCUACAGCAGUUAUGUGAAUUCAAUGAAAAGUUGCAUCACGCUGGUCAUUUUGCCGCCAAAACGGAUACCACAUGCAGCAGCUGAUAUACACACAAAGCGGAGUCGGAUUUCACACACAGUAUAUAUAUAGACUGUAGUAGUCUUCAAAAAAUUGAGAUGAACUAUGAAUACUUUUACACGUGUCUCCUAAGUAAAUAACUAGUCUACACUACUCUACACUAGAUAUUCAGUCAAAUUAGCUGAAUGCAAGUCACUUAUCGUGACCCCAUUUUUAUAAGUCUAGAGUGGUUUUUGACACGACAUAGUAUGUCCGAGUAAGAUUUUUCGAUUCAUAAAACGAUUUAUUCCCUUUCUACCAUAACAGAUCAGGGGAGAAGAAAUGGUGUGAAUUUCACAUGGCUGUCUUGGGGGUACCGGUGUCUUCCUGACUAACUUACUACUAUUGUUUCUGUAGACUUGGCUUAAACACAAUUAUUUAUAGGCGUUCACUUGUUGCAUUAGGGUAAUGAAAAUAUGUCCUUAGACCUUAACUGUCACAUGUAUGCUGUUCACAAAUUCAGAGAUGAAAACUGCAAGUUCAAAUGAUCCGUAUGUUGCAUAAAAAGUAUGUAAAAUGUAUGUAUUAGUUACAAUUAUUUGUACCACUAUAAGUAUUAGUUACAUUUACAUUUGGUUUGCAUGACUAUCAUUGAUAAGUGGAAUGUUUAAAGUGGCGGAUCUAGAGGGGCUGUUAAUGGGGUGGCAACCCACUUCCACUUUGGUUAAACAUUUAUUAACAAAAAAGUCAUUUUUUGCUUGUAUACGGGGUCUUCAACACCCCCUCCCCAUUUUGGGCGGUAAAAGUUAAAAACUUGGGUCGCACCCCCCCCCCCCCCUCUAUAAAAUUUUCUGGAUCCGUCCCUGAGUUGUAAGACGUUUAUUAUCCAUAGAAAUAGAGAUGUUCAAAACAACAAUGUCCAGUAUGUCUAGACCACCCUUAGAUACUGUGCGUGUAUACAUGUUCUAUAUUUGAGAUGAACUAUUUCGUCUUGGUGUUUUUCUGAUAACUUUUUUUAACAUCUUGUAAUAGCAUGGUUAUGAUGAUUGUUAGCGCCACAGAACACUUAUAAUUCUGGUAUGACUGUCAUUUCUGUUGAAGCUUGUAUGCAAUGUUAGAUCUUUGGUAAAGUUUGAAUCAAGAGGAAGAUAAAUUAGUAGUUUUGUUUUAAUAUAUGUUUUAUAAAACAAAAUAAGAGAAUUUGAAUGUGUUGCAGAUCAAGCUUAAUAUUCUAAACGGUUGAAAUAUACAUGCGUUUUUGUAUCUGCAUGACAAUGUUUCUCGUGCAUUUGAUACAUACUGUACAAUUAUACUCGUAGUCUAUUUUUGUAUUCUGUACUUCACUUAAACAUGUUACCAAAUAAAUCUGGUAAAUUCCAA